ACUCCAACCUUUCCUUGUAGCCGAGUUUGACUGAAUUCACCAAGGCGACUAAUGUCUGUACUGUCUAUAGAAAAUGAUUAGAUUCCAAAGGUUUAGGGAAAAUGUGGCGGUGUCUAGCUUAUAGUUGUUCAUAAUUUUUGUUCAACGUAAUUUUGGGAAACUUUUUUCCAUUUACUUUUGUUUUUAUUCACUUUUAACAAUUUUUAUUCAUUUUUUGCGAUUGAUGCUGUUUGUUUAAAUUCCUCUCCAAGUCAAAUCCGUUCUCGGUUGCAGUUAUUUCGAAGCAUUGAUCGUUUUUCAGUAUUCAGAAUAAAACAGGGAGGUUAUAGGAAACGUUUUGUAAGAUAGUAAAAGAGAUUAGCUGUAAUAGGAGGGUUUCCUAUUGACACAGAGCAACCAUUCGGUUCUGUUAACGUCUUACCAGACCCAAUGGUUGAUAUGUGUUAAUAGGAUUGUACCAGAGGUGCAAACUGCAUUGUUGUAAUAUCCUUUGAGGUAUAGUAAUCCUCCGGUUUGUAUUUUUAUCCUGAAUACUGAUAACUCAUGACAUGAAUUAUUAAACUGAAUUAGUGCGUUUCAAACAUAGUAUAAAGUUUACUAUUAGAUGUUUUCUAGUCAAAAAAGUAAACGAAAUUGCAAUAACAGUGAUCAACUAUACAUACUCUAUCAAUCCUAUAGAAUCAACUCAAUUGAUUUUCGAUACAGUUGGAUCGAUUUUACGUCGUCACAAAUAAUGGAAAAAUAUCUAGUAUAACGGGUAAAAAUGAAUGUGUUUAUUAGAAUACCUCUUACCUAGAAUGUUUUGUUAUUCACAUUCGCCACGAAUAUAUGUAGAAUGGAAGGUUGAAAACAAUUUUACACCCCAGCCAUCGAACUGUGUGCAAAUACAUACAUUGUUUAUCGUUUGAAAAUUAGUUAUUAGAAUAUUAAUUUACAUAUCAUGUAGUAAUUGAUGUUGUAAUAAGUGUAAUUGAUUGGUCCGAUACUCUUUGUAAAAGGUUUGUUCAUCUUUUUGUAGCAUGCACCUACAAUUGAACUAAAAUCUUUGUUCAAAGGCGACAAACAAUAAAACAAUCAACAUUCAAUCGUUGCAAAGGAUCGUUAGUUUCAUCUCAUAGAUCAUAGCACCUGAGUUCAUGGGCCGCUUUGCCGGAGGCUAAUUAAAGAUUGAUGAGUAAAAACAUUUAAAUAUCAAGGUCUAUAAGGUUUAACCAACGAGAAGUACAAAUUAGCGGACAUGGGUGCCAUGUUACUGAGCGUGUUGAUCAACUGAUAAGAGUUCCUUCAGCAUUGAACACGGGUUUCCCUUGGAACCAACCGUUUGGAGAAUCUCACCGGCUGCUGAUCGAGCUAAAAAAGAUAAGUGGUUCUCUGUGUUGUGUAGAACCUUUGCGCUGAUAGCGCAAAGCGAUAUGAACCGUCAAGGCCUUCCUCAUACGUCUACACUGCUACGCUUAACGACGGUAACGACUUACGCAAGAAGCUAGUUCGCUAGUGUUAUAUGGUUUUUGAAGAUGUUGCGCCACCCCGCCCGACUAGAAGAAGCAGAAGAGCAGCUGCCUGAAAACGCGCGUCCCGCAGCGUCAUCGGAUCUUGAUGAAAACGAGCACGACGAAUCACCUAUUGAGGGUAAUGACGACGUUGACCAAUCGAAGUCUUGCGGCAGCAAAAACGAGACAAUUAGGCGAAAUGAAGUGCCUCCAAUUUCCCAUGCCGACAAGCGUACUUUACAAAAAUUUAUUGAGGGCGACGAAAUCCUAGAUCAAAAAAAUCCAUUCAAAAGUGAUGAUAAUGGGUGCGACGAGUUUCGGCGUGCAGAGCUAAAUAAUGUACCUAGAACAUCCUCUAUACCGGAUCGCAACGUGAAUGACAAAGAGGAGCAGGAUUUUAUUACAAAGGAGGAAAUUUUGAGACAAUCAAAGUACGUUAAAACAUAUGUUAAGAACCCGGACAAACAGUUAAAUUAUGAUAAAAGUGUUAUCGAACAGAUGGACGCUAUCAGGGCUACUGGGCACGAAGUUAAAGACGUGAUUGUGCUUUCUCCGGCGCGUCCACCUAUUCCGGCACCGCGCAAAAUUAAUAGUCACUGCAUUGAUGAAUGCAAAACAUACACGAAGCAACAUGGCGAGAUGCGAUCAUUAUCUCGAGGCAAAAUUGCCAAUACUCAACAAAACACAACUAAACCGAUUCCACUGAUGCGUCGUGAUUACGGUGACCUGAAAGUGCGAGUAGGUUCGGCUGAUGUAGAGGAAUCGCUGUAUGAUUCGAAUGAAGUCGUCCAAAAUGCAUUGAAAUUCGACAGCCGCUUCCGUACUAUGGAGUUUGGUUCGCAGGAUGAUAUCGAUACGAUUGCCGAGAAAACGGACAACGACGGUACUGACUCGAACACAUCAUUGCAAUCCAACAUAAUUUCACAUGGCAUUUCCACCAUACCCAUGCAAACGGCUCGCUCCAAUCCGAACGAAUCGGACUGUAUAAAAAAGAAGGAAGGCAGUUUUGCAGAAGAGGUGAAGAAAUCCUUUUCCAACACGAUCAAGAGUGCCGAUUUUAGAAAGUAUCUGCAAAGCAGAGGACUUACUCUGGUACCUACUAGACAGAAACAGAAAUAUGACGCCAACUCUAGCGGAACCACAUUAGAAAGAUCUACAACUACUUUAACAAAACAGCGUCAACCCACGAAACUAUCUGUACUCUCUAAGUUUCUUCAGAGCAAUAUAUUUGCACCAAAAACCGCGUAUUCGCCAAUGCUACAGAGAUCAUCUACACCGUUGUUAAAUUCUAACAAGCCCAAAAACUCUAUUAACGGUUGUAGCAACAAAAGCACACAUAUUGAAAGAUCCUAUUCAAUGAGCGCUAAACCAAAGGUUAGUUUUAGGCAGUUUGAGUGUCGUACUACGCAUGAUGCUAAAGAGGACAAUAAUUAUCAGUUUACAACAAUAGAUUUCGGUCGGUCCACACAGCUUCGCACCAGCCUUGCAGGGCAAUCACAUCAGUCAAGUCUCGAUUCAUCGUAUCGCCGGUCAAUGCGGAACGCUGGGGUUCAGGUGAAUCUCGAGAUUAGAAAGAAUACCUCGGAAGGUCCUCCGGCACAUCUAUUAGAAAACUCCACCUCAAGUGACAUACCAGUACGACAGAAAAUUAGCCCCCGAAAGGUUCCACUGCAUCGUCAUGUUUCCCUAGAAAAAUAUUCCAAACUGGAGGAGCACACAACACUGGGGCAAGAUAAUGGCUUGAAGGGCUAUAUUGCUUCAUCUCACACAGUGUUUCCGGUGUAUUCGGAACCUCUCCGUUGCAGUGAUCCUAUCAACUAUCAUAUAUACGAGCAAACUACCGAUAAUUUUAAUCGUGAAAUGCUGUAUGGUCAUAUAGGUUACAUUGGCAGUUCGCAGUUAAAUGGAUGGCAUCCUCAGAACCGCAGAUCGUACAGUAGUAUGCAAGAAGCUCCAACGUACGGUAGACUACGCGCAACAUAUGUUUCUUCACCCGUUUCCUCUCAAUCGACGCCGGUUCGUGGUACUGCCGAAACUCUGGAUCGGCAGCAAAUUCUUCACAAAAUUUAUGAUUUCUAUCGCCGCUCAAUUCGUUCGCACAAACCGCAAAAUUUGAAGGCGAAUGACACUGAAUCUACUUUACGCAAUGGAGUUGGUGCAUCAAGUGGGCACAGAAUUAUAAGAUCAGAAGAACUACGUGAACAACAUUUUCCGAAGAUGGAGGACACCCGUGUGACGCAAGUAAGAAAUCAUCCGUCCAUGUUGGUGAAGAAACAAGUUGACACACCACAUCAAACUCAGUAUGACCGAAACAUAGAAAACAUUUAUUCAUUUGUGAACAAAAAAAUGAACCAACUGCGAAUGCACGAAACUAACCAACAUACAAUUGAAAGUACUGGGAACAUUAGAAAUUUCACAAGAUUGCCCAGACGAGUAAUGGUUACAAAUAGCAGCUACGGUAACGAUAGUAACUGCAGUGUUCCCCCAUUGAAUCAUGGAGUUUGCGAAGCAGAUUACGUUAAUAUUCGAUGCCCUCCAGAUGGUAUCCAGUAUCGAGCUUCGCACUAUUAAAAGCUUUCAGUUGACUAACGGUGAUUUGGCUAGCCGGAACAGUUACCUUCGCAGAAUCGUGAUAUUGAGAGCAAUGCUGUUUUGUAAGAUGAGUUCUGUUGCCAGCUAUGAAUAAAAAAUAUUCUGUAGUGCCGCAUGUAUUAUCAUGUUUGAUCGUUUGACACGACUUUAAUAAACAUCCUUUGCCCGAUUGA